AUGAAUUUGGGCGGAUGGGGACAGAGACUCAUGCAAGCAGCUUCUUCUGAAUCCGAUGAUUCAGCUUUGGAUUUGGAGAGAAACCAUCACCACUUGAUGAGUCUUCCAUCGUCUUCAAGUCCAUCUCUUCCUCAGCCAUUCUCACUCAGCAUCCAGCACGCAGAGAGCAAUGCCCCAUACUUCUCGUGGCCCACUCUCAGCCGGCUUAACGACAGAGCAAACUAUUUCGGGAAUCUCCAGAAAGGGGUUUUACCUGAAAAUGUUGGGAGGCUUCCUUCAGGACAACAAGCCACCACCUUGCUUGAGCUCAUGACCAUCAGAGCGUUCCACAGUAAAAUCCUGCGCCGCUUCAGCCUCGGUACUGCAGUUGGGUUCCAAAUCAGCCGUGGCGCUCUGACGAAUGUUCCGGCGAUACUUGUCUUUGUUGCUAGGAAAGUCCAUAGGCAGUGGCUUAAUCCAAUGCAGUGCCUCCCUUCCGCUCUCGAGGGUCCUGGAGGGAUAUGGUGCGAUGUAGACGUUGUGGAGUUUCAAUAUUAUGGUUCUCCUGCUGCAACGCCAAAGGAACAGGUUUAUAAUGAGCUUGUAGAUGGCUUGAGAGGAAGAUAUCCCUGCAUUGGCUCUGGUUCUCAGGUUGCAAGCCAAGAAACUUAUGGAACCUUGGGAGCUAUAGUGAAAAGCAGAACAAGUAACCAUCAGGUCGGUUUCCUUACGAACCGACACGUCGCUGUUGAUUUGGAUUAUCCGAGCCAGAAAAUGUUUCAUCCUUUGCCUCCAAGCCUUGGACCUGGCGUCUACCUCGGUGUUGUUGAGAAAGCAACCUCGUUUAUCAUUGAUGACCAGUGGUACGGCAUCUUUGCUGGCACCAAUCCAGAAACAUUUGUGAGAGCGGAUGGUGCAUUUAUUCCUUUUGCAGAAGAUUUCAACACGAGCAACGUAACUACGGUGAUAAAGGGCAUUGGUGAGAUAGGAAAUGUUCACGUUAUAGACUUGCAGUCUUCAAUCGAUAGUCUUAUUGGGAGACAAGUUGUCAAAGUUGGGAGAAGCUCUGGAUAUACAACUGGAACCAUAAUGGCUUACACUUUGGAGUACAACGACGAGAAAGGGAUUUGUUUCCUCACGGACUUUCUUGUGAUUGGUGAGAACCAACAGACUUUUGACCUUGAAGGUGACAGUGGAAGCCUUAUACUCUUGACGAGUCCAAAUGGUCAGAAGCCACGACCAGUUGGGAUCAUUUGGGGUGGUACAGCUAACCGAGGAAGGCUGAAACUUAUAGGCGGGCAAGAGCCGGAGAACUGGACAAGCGGAGUCGAUCUUGGUCGUCUUUUGGAUCUCUUGGAGCUCGAUCUCAUCACGUCGAACCAUGAGCUUGAAGCAGCUGCGAGAGAACAGAGGAACACGUCGGUUACGGCGUUUGAUUCAACACUUAGCCAAUCGUCUCCACCAGACCUGGUUCCAUCAGGAGACAGACAAGAUGAGAGCUUUGAGCCAUUUAUACCGCCUGAGUUUCAUAUAGAAGAAGCUAUCAAACCAACACUUGGAGUAGAGGAACAUUUGUUCAUUGCUUCUUCAUCGGUUAACGAGUCUACUUCUGCUUCUUCUGCUAUUAAAGGGCAAGUGAAACCUGAUUUUAAUGAUCUUGUCGCUUUAAAGAACAGUUUCGAAGAAGAGGUUAACGUAUCGUUGCAUCUAGUUCCCGGUUUAGUUUGGCUUGAUGACGAUUAA